GUCCAGACUCAUCCGGAAUCGGGCUGUUGAGGGACGGGAAAUCUAGAAGCUUCAGGACUGGAGGGAGUCCCUGAUCCCACUGGCCUUGACUUUGGACAAGGUUUUAAUUUGUUCUAGUCAACUAUUCAGCGAUUUUGAGCAAAAAAGAUUCUCUGGCCUUCAGCAUGAUAUUGGCUUGAUGUGGAAAGAUUAAGGUUUCUCUGGAUCAUUUGCUCCAUGGGGCAGAAGAAUGGUUGGGGAGAUGAUGAGCAAGGCAGGUCUCUACCUGUGGGCCUCUCAGGUUUCUGAGUCCUUCUUUGCUGGUGGAUUGGAGCAGGCUGUCGACAGCCAUCUUUGGUAUUCAAGUAAGACAUCUGCAGUGACACUGUGGACAGCGUCCAAAGCACCAAGAUUCUAGGCUAAAGGGAAGAAGCCAUUAGAGAAGAAUACCCCGAGGUCCAUGAGGACAAUUUGUGAUCAAUGGUUACUCUUAUGCCUUGACUUGCUAUAAAUUAUGAAUCGAGGACCUCAAGUUCACAUAUUUUGGGGUGCUCCAGUUGCUGCACUGAAAAUGACAGUAUCCCAGGAAACAGCCUCCUUAAUGUCCACUGCCAACACCUGGGAAAAAGUCCAACUCUUUUUCAAACAGCGUUCUUUGUGUCUGAAGGCUGGAGAUCAGGAGUUUAAAAGUCUGGAAGACUGUCAAGUCCCCGAAGGUUUUGGCCCACCCGGUCUUCUUAGUGGUCACCUUUUAACGACUUAUGUGAAUAGGUCUGCUCAGGCGGAAGAAGACUUUAAACAUUCUGAGUCUGAAACACAGAAUGUAAAGUCCCAGAAGAUUAGCCUAAGUGAUAUGACUAGUGUAUGUCGACUUACGGACAGAGUUCAGCAUUUACCUGAAGAAGAAAAAUACCAAAAGCUUCCAUAUGAAAAUAAGAAAAUUAUAGAUGAGCAGUCUAAAACUCAGUCAGAUGCCUGCGUUCAGAACUUUCAAAGAGAUGUGCUUCAGUUAGAUCGUAAGUGUGCAGCUGAACUGGAUCUGGGCUGUAGUAGUGGACAGAAGAAUACAGGGCCAGAGGCUGAGGAAAAAAAACCAGAGCCAACAGGACAUCGUGAAACACAAAGUCAGGAGAGCUUUGCCUCUGACACACAGUGUGAACCACAGUCUGAGGGAGCAGUCAGGCAGGCCUCAGGCCAGAGAAUAUCUCCUGAUACUGAAUUUCUCAGGGUAAUGACCGCCAGCCAGCGUGCUUUUCUAGCUCAAGGGAAUGAUAAAGGUCAAGACUAUAUUAAUAAGAGGACUGUAAACCUGGAGGCAGAACCUACAGGCAGUCAGGGAGUCAGAGGAACUGAAGGGAAUUUUAGUGAGCCUGGUGGAGAUUUUGAAGAAGGAUCUGAAAGUGAGCAAAGCCAAGCAUAUUCCCUGGAACUUUUUAGUCCUGUUUGUCCUGAAUCAGAAAGCAGUUACGGUCACAUAAACCCUGGGAAAAGUCUUGAAGAAAAUAUAAGCUCUCCAGAACUUUCCAGUCGUGAGGAAAACCUGCCACAAAAUGAAGCACACGUUGAGUUGUGUGGCUCAGGAGUGCUGUGUUCCCAACCAAGCAGCUCCCAUCGAAGUACAGCUAAAAGGAGCCAGUGCUCUAAGGACAAUGCCCGUCAUUCUACAGCUCACUCUGAAGUCCAUCAGGUGUCCAAGAAAGCAAGGAUGGAUUCCAAUAGAAGAGAGGCAGCCCAAGCAGUGCCCCAGAAGAUCAUGCCUGAAUUUAAGGAUAGUAAAAAAAUAUCAUUAAUAAAAAAUUGUGAUUCUAAAAGUCAGAAGUAUAACUGCUUAGUCAUGGUGCUAACCCCAUGUCACGUGAAGGAAAUAAACGUAAAAUCUGGACCGAAUUCUGGUUCUAAAGUGCCGUUAGCAACGAUUGUAGUAGUCGAUCAGUCGGAGAUUAAGAAGAGGGUUGUUCUGUGGAGGACUGCAGCAUUUUGGGCACUUACAGUGUUUCUUGGUGAUAUAAUUCUACUUACAGAUGUUGUUCUUUAUGAGGACCAGUGGAUUGGUGAGACAGUACUCCAAUCAACACUUACCAGUCAGUUACUGAAUCUGGGAAGUUACUCAUAUGUCCAGCCCGAAAAAUAUUCCAAUAUAAUUGCCAAUGUUAUACUUCAGGAUUUACUGACAUAUGUGUCUUCAAAACAUUCCUAUCUCAAAGAUCUGCCUCAGAGGCAGCCUCAGAAAAUCAACACCGUAAAGUUUGUGGAAUUGGAGCAGUUGCAGCCUGAUACAUUAGUCCAUGCAGUGCUCAGAGUAGUGAACAUCACUGUAUUGACAGAGGCAUUAUAUAGUUACAGAGGACAAAAGCAAAGAAAGGUUGUGUUAACGGUGGAACAGGCUCAAGGUCAACAUUACCUGCUUGUAUUAUGGGGUCCUGGAGCAGCCUGGCAUACUCAACUUCAAAGGAAAAAAGAUUGUAUUUGGGAAUUUAAGUACCUUUUUGUUCAGCGGAACUGCAUACUAGAAAACUUAGAAUUACAUACAACACUGUGGUCAUCCUGUGAAUGCCUGUUUGAUGAUGAUACAAGAGCAAUUUCAUUUAAAGCAAAAUUUCAAAAAAAUACAUCCUCCUUUGUCAAGAUAUCAGACUUAGCAACUCACCUAACAGAUAAGUAUUCAGGAGUGGUUCUGAUCACAGCCAGGGUGUCAGAGCUGGUGUUCUGUGCUACAGCAGCUCAGAAGGUGGCUCUGAAUGCUCGCAGCAGUCUGCAGAGCAUCUUCUCGUCUCUUCCCCGUAUCACCUAUGCUGGCUGUGCGCAGUGCGGCUCAGAACUGCAGACGGAUGAGAACAGGAUCUACAGACAGUGUCUGGGUUGCUUGCCGUUUGUUGGGAAGAAAAUGUUCUACAGUGUUCGAGAUACUUGCAGUGGUCCAGCACAUGCAGAUCUCAGAGACUUCAAGGCUUUUAAACACCGUUCCUGCUGAGACCGGCUUUAAUGACCAUAGUUGAUGGAAGACAUAAUACUUAUGUCCAUGUUGGGUCGAAGAUGAUGGAGCAGAUUCUUUUCAACAUUUCUCCAGAUUGCCUCAGCAGAGUGAUAGGUAAACCCCACCACGCAGCAAUUGUUCGUCAGCACAGAGCACAGCGCUGCACAUAAAGCUCUCCCCUGUCUAUAAAAUAGAGAGAUAGUCUAGCUGGGGUGAAACAUAAAAGCUUACAUGAGUUGGAAGGUGAGAUCUCAUUACAUCUGCCUUGUACAUGAAUAAAAGAAGCUCCUUCUCUCGUUAGCCUAAAUUCCUAGUUGGUCAGCAAAAACACGAGGAUCCUAGUCUCAUAGUAGUUAAAAACAAAACAGAAGUGUGUAGCACCGUGAAUUGAAGUUAACCUGUAGUUGGAUUUCUGAGGUCUUGAGCUGAUGCCCGGGACAGUCGGGGACAAAGAAGGAAGCAAAUGCACUCACCCGUCAGACGACCGUGCUCCAUGCUUGUCCUCGUUAGCCUCAGGCUCCCUAAGUGGACAAGCUAAUCCAGUUCUGUCGUUUGCUUAGUUUUGUAAUCGUGGGUUGCUUCUAUAUUAAUAAAAAGUUGUUUCAUUCAUGCCUCACAUGCUCUAACUAGUGAGUGACUCCAGCUCUUACGUACCUUUUAUUUCUUGCUUUGAUAAAGAUUCCGUAACAGUACACUAUCUAAGCCCUCGGACCUCUAGUCUACAUAGGGCUCAGACUUGGCAGUGUUUCUCCGAAUAAACCAAUAUUAAAGAAAUCCCUCUUGAAACAUUAAAAAAGCAUAAGCACGCAUUUAUAUAGUUUCUGUCAGCUUCAGGUAAAAUCUCAGGCAUGACUCUAGCCCCUAAUAAAAGUCCUAACUGACGAAGAUCUAAACAGCCCCAAAAUGUACUAUUUGCUUUAACCUGCGGAUCAUACUAGGAAAGCUCCUAUACGCUCUUGAACAUUUAUUAAAACAUGACCGUGACCAUGUUUUUCAUUUGUUUGUUUCCUGUCAUGGCUUUGUCCUUUAGAGAUAUAUAUGAAUCACUAAAUAUUUUAUCUUAACCAAAUCAACUCUUUGGGAAUGUGUCAGACAGGGAAGUAAGAAAAAAAAAGUUGAGCAUCUAAUCCAAAAAUAGGAAACAAUAAAUUGAUGUUUAGAUUUGAGCUUUAUCCCUAAGGCACCUUAUUAUGGAUAUACAGAUGCUUGGGGUAUUUGUUUUUUAUUUUUAAAUCUAAUAUUUCAAAACAUUCCGGUCCCAAGAACCUCAGCUCCGAGAUGCUCAGUUUGUGUGUGCACUCCUGUGAUUAAAACUGUAAAACAGUAAGUAUGAGGGCCUUUUAAAAAUUUCUUAUAUAUAUUUUCUGUGAGUGUUGAGUUGAGUGUGUAAACACUCAGACACCAGAAGAAGUUAAAAGAGAAUGUUAGGUUCCCUAGAACUAGAGUUAGGAAUGGUGUGAGCUGCAUGUAGGUGCAGGGAAUUAAACCCAGGUCCUUCAAGAACGAGUGCUCCUGAUUGUCCCGAAGACAUGGCCUCCUUAUUUCAGGAAAGAGCAAGCCUCAGUCCCCAAGUAUUUAGAAGCUGAUGGCUGGAGCUGCUGUCAGUGUGAGCAUUGCUUGUGCUUGCCUUCACACACGGUAGGAAACACGCCAUCUUCUAGACUCCCUUCAACAAUUUGAAGCUAGAAAGAGAGGUAUAGAACAAGAAAUGUAAGAUGUGUGUCUAUAAAGCUUGAGGAACCAAGGGAAACAAGGAAACCUUCAGAAUGUGUUUGUGUGCAGCUAGUGGGGUCCUGAGUGUCGUGUGUGCUCUGUUCUCAGUGCCUUCCUCAGAGGUCACCUACGGCAUGGUCGCUGCGGACCUGCUGCACUCCUUGUUGGCAGUCAGUGCAGAACCUUGCGUGCUGAAGAUCCAGAGCCUUUUCGAGUUGGAUGAAAACAGCUACCCCCUGCAGCAGAACCUCUCCCUGUUAGAUUUCUGCCCUGACUCGUUUAAGAUGUGGAGACCAGGACUUGCUCUAAGGCCAGAGGAGGACACUGGAGUUGUUCCAAAGGAGUGAUGAAACAAUCUGUCUUUUGAAGAUUUAUUUACUUUUACUAUAUGUACAUAAGUGUUUUGCUUAUGUAUGUCUAUGCAUCCACAGAGGCCAGGAGAGGGUGCCAGAUCCCCUGAGACUAGAGUAAUGGAUGCUUGUGAGCCGCCGUGUAGAUUUUAAGAAAGUGCUCUUAACUGCUGAGCCAUCCAACCCAAUGAUCUACCUUUUGAAAUAAAUGAAAUGACAGGGAUUUUGCUUAGAGUUUUUAAAAUAAGUAAUUUAUUAGCGAAAUCUAAUUGUAAUAAAUUAUUUUUUAAGAAAA